AUGGACAAGCCUAACCAUUUGGUGAUUGUACCGUGUCACGCAAUUUGGAAAGGAAGGCAAAAACUAGACCAAAAUGAAUGGUACUUGGCCGAGUUCCAGCUAGAAGGGAAUGACCAUUUAUGUUUUAUUGACCAUAUUCAACAAGCAGUUCAUCAGAUCAAACGCGAUACAAGGGCCCACUUGAUCAUCAGUGGUGGCGAGACAAAAAAAGUUGCCGGACCCAUAGCUGAAGCGACAUCGUAUUAUCAACUAUUACAAGAAAUAGUCAACAAUGAUCAACAAAUUUUAGCAAAAGUCGACAUCGAGGUUUUUGCCAGGGAUUCUUUUGAAAAUGUGCUAUUUUCACUAUGUCGUUUUUAUGAACUAUUCCAAAUAUAUCCUGACAAGAUAACAAUUAUUGGGUUUGAGUUCAAAAGAAACAGAUUUGUGCACCUUCAUUUAAUGAAAGCAUUGGGUGUUGCUCAGAAUGAUAUCGAGUUUAUCGGAAACGAACCGAAACCACAGGGUACUGCGAAAAAAAUUGCAUCGUAUUUGCAAGACUUAGAGGCAAGUGAACAAAAACAUGCGUGGCAAUUGUUUGUCAAGGAUUGGUACGGUAUAGGGCAAACUUUGCGAGAUAAAAAGAGGAAAAGAAAUCCUUUUAAUCGGCGUCAUAACUAUAUCUCGACGAACCCCUUGAUUGCUGAGUUCCUCAAGGAAAUUAGCGACGAUUACAAUUCAACAAAGACAAAUGAAGAGAUACUGUCACUCCUAAAGGAAGCACCUUGGGGAAUCAAACCCGCUACCCAGACCUUCCAACCCCCGACUCUCAACCCCUACAUAGAGGAAUAA